UGUCAAACUGUCAAAAAACAAAUCACGCUUUCAGCCGAACAACGAACGAAAGCCGAAAUUUUAGUUUCUUUCUCGAACAAAACCUCCUAGCAAAACUGAAAACACUCCCUGUAAAGAUUCCAAACUAUUCCCAAGAUGACUGAUGAAAAAAUCGAAGUUCGUGAUGUUACUCGCAUCGAAAGAAUUGGCGCUCAUUCGCACAUCCGAGGUUUGGGACUCGAUGAUGUUUUGGAAGCACGAGCCGUCUCCCAAGGUAUGGUUGGUCAGAAGGAUGCCCGUCGGGCGGCAGGCGUAGUUGUACAGAUGGUUCGUGAGGGAAAAAUCGCCGGACGAUGCAUUUUGCUAGCUGGAGAACCAAGUACCGGCAAGACAGCCAUUGCCGUGGGAAUGGCUCAGGCUCUGGGUACUGAGACUCCAUUCACUAGUAUGUCCGGAUCGGAGAUAUACUCGCUGGAGAUGAGCAAGACAGAGGCUCUAUCACAAGCUUUGAGGAAGAGCAUUGGCGUACGCAUCAAAGAAGAGACGGAAAUUAUCGAGGGUGAAGUGGUGGAGAUCCAAAUUGACCGACCAGCCACCGGUACUGGACAGAAAAUAGGCAAAGUCACCCUAAAGACCACCGAAAUGGAGACAAACUACGAUUUGGGUAACAAGAUCAUUGAGUGCUUCAUGAAGGAGAAAAUCCAAGCUGGCGAUGUGAUUACCAUUGACAAGGCUUCAGGAAAGGUGAGCAAACUGGGCAGGAGCUUCACUCGUGCACGAGACUACGACGCCACUGGAGCCCAAACACGAUUCGUUCAGUGCCCCGAGGGUGAACUACAGAAACGCAAGGAAGUCGUCCACACCGUGACCUUGCACGAAAUCGAUGUCAUCAACUCCCGGACACACGGAUUCCUGGCUCUCUUCUCGGGAGACACCGGAGAGAUCAAACAGGAGAUCCGAGACCAAAUUAACAACAAAGUUCUGGAAUGGCGCGAGGAGGGCAAGGCCGAGAUAAACCCUGGAGUUCUGUUCAUUGACGAGGUGCACAUGCUGGACAUUGAGUGCUUCUCCUACUUGAAUCGUGCUCUUGAGAGCGAUAUGGCUCCCGUGGUCAUCAUGGCCACCAAUCGCGGAAUCACCCGCAUCCGCGGAACUAACUACCGCAGUCCCCACGGCAUUCCCAUCGACUUGCUCGACAGGAUGAUCAUCAUCCGCACCGUGCAGUACUCCGAAAAGGAAAUCAAGGAGAUCUUGCGAAUUCGGUGCGAGGAGGAGGACUGUCUGAUGCACCCCGACGCCUUGAUGAUCCUCACACGCAUCGCCAUCGACACAAGUCUGCGAUACGCCAUCCAGCUGAUCACAACGGCCAAUCUGGUCUGCAGAAGACGCAAGGCCACCGAAGUGACCACGAUGGAUGUCAAGAAAGUCUACUCCCUGUUCCUGGACGAGCAUCGAUCCAGCCAAAUCCUGAAGGAGUACCAAGACGAGUACAUGUUCAACGAGAUCAGCGAAGAGCCCAAAACAGAGCCAGGUACCACUGGCAACGCUCAGCCCAUGGAUUGCGGUGAUUACUAAACAGCAGGCGGUCGCUUGGAAUUCCUUAGUUUGUAGUUUUUGUUGUUCUUUUAACAAUUAAAUAAGAUUUUCUCUUUUUUCCAUGAAACAUAAA